AUGGAAGAUAUUGACUCUAACAUGUAUGAUCCUGAUGAUACUCUAUCCAUUUUGAUUGCUACUGAUAACCAUUUAGGAUAUUUGGGAAGAGAUCCAGUUUGUAAAAAUGAUUCUUUUGAGACUUUUAAAGAAAUUCUACAAAUCGCUAAAGACAAUGAUGUAGAUUUUAUUUUAUUGGGAGGAGAUCUUUUUCAUGAAAAUAAGCCAUCACGUAGAACAGUAUAUCAAACAACCAAGUUGUUGCGUGAAUUUUGCAUGGGUGAUAGACUAUGUAAAUUUCGAAUAGUAAAUAAUGAAUCCAAUGAUUUAUCACAAAGUGGUGGUAUAAAUACAAUGAAUCACAUUGAUCCAAAUUUCAAGAUUGCAUUCCCCGUAUUUUCGAUUCAUGGAAAUCACGAUGAUCCAUCUGGGGAAGGAAAUCUUUGUGCAUUGGAUGUACUUUCAGCAUCAGGUUUAAUUAAUUAUUUUGGUAAAUCUAAAGUAGUGGACAAGAUUAUAAUCAAACCGAUACAUAUUCAAAAAGGCAAUACAAACCUGGCAUUGUACGGAAUGGGAAAUAUUAGAGAUGAGAGGUUGCAUCGUAUGUUUGAUGCUCAGAAUGUUGAAUUCCCAAGGCUUACUGAGGAUGUUAAUGAUUUACUUAAUAUUUUGGUGUUGCAUCAAAAUAGAGUACCUCACGGAACAAAUUAUAUUCCCGAAUCCUGUAUUCCAAAUUUUUUCGAUCUGGUAUUUUGGGGUCAUGAACAUGAAUGUUUGAUUGAUCCAUUACAUAAUUCAGCCAGGGGAUUUCAUAUCACUCAACCUGGCUCUUCUAUAGCCACAAGUCUAUGCGAAGCAGAAGCAGCUCCAAAACAUGUUGGAAUUUUAAAAAUAUGUCGAGGUCAAUUCAGAAUGGAAAAAUUUAGACUCAAAACCAUUAGACCAAUGGUUAUUGAUACUAUAGUACUUUCGGAAAUUUCUGAACUUUUGUCUAAUGAUUAUAAUAAUAAUUUAAUAAAUUAUUUGAAUAGAAAGGCAAAUGAAGAAUGGUAUAAAUUGAAUGAACAUAAUACAAAUCCGCCACUCCCAUUGAUUAGAUUAAAAGUAAUGAUAUAUAAAUUUUUUCUUCGUGUUGCAAACCCUGAAGAUAUUUUAUUAUAUCAACGAAAAAGACCUAACACUAAAAAUCAAGAUAACAAUCCUAAUUAUUCGAUAGAUUAUGAAAACGACACCAUUGAACAACUUUCCAAUAAAAAAGUUACAGAUCUUAUUGAUGAAAUGUUAGAUUCACUUCAAAUUUUACCAAAAAAUGGAUUAAAUCAAGCUCUUUCAUCUUUUAUAAACAAGGAUGAAGAAGAUGCCACUUGCGUAGUUUACGAACAUGCUUUACAAAAUGCAAGAGACAAAAUAUUGGAGGAUCCCACUAUAGUUGAUGACAUUGCUAAAAAAGAGAAGGCACAACAAGAAUGUCAAAUAUUAGAUAGGUUAUUUAUAGAAGAUGAAUAUUUAGAAAAAUUAUUAUCAGGGGAUUCAAAUAAACCUGCCGAGGAUUCGCACCAAACAAACAUCGAAGAUUAUUUUAUGGAUCAAACAUUCUCUUCCUCCAUCAACUCAAUCACCUCGCUAUCAACUACCAAAGCAAAAGUUACUACAAGUACCCGUGGGAAAAAAAGGAAAUCUGAGGAGAAACAUUAUUACUUGUCAAUAAGAAUAAGGAUUGUACAUUCACUAUCUGGAGCAGACAAAGAACAGUGA